AUGAGGGGGGACUAUGUUAGCCGGUCAGGUCGCUCCGAAAAUCAUUUGAAUCUCACGUCCGAAACGCCAACUAAAGGUUACGGGGUUCCAAUGUGGCUGGGACAACGUGGACUAAGGACUCCCCAGCAGGACAACAGGAAGCCGCGCAAGCGCGCGGAGGGGUGGGGGCCCCAGGGCGCCCCCCGUGUGCUCUCGUCGACCCACAAUGUGUAA